AUUGAGACAAUCGAAUAUAUUUGCAUAUAUUGAAAGGCAGCAAGCAGGUCAAAAGUUAAGCAAGCAAGCAAAAUGGCAAACAGUUCUUGGCAGCAGCUACAGUUAAGCGGUUGUGGCCAAAAUGAAGUGGAUAGUGUUGGGAUGUGUGCUGGGUAUAGCAGCGGCACAAACAGGCGCUGGUUACUAUAAGGAUAAUGGCACACACUAUUUGCUGUAUGAACAUGGCAUGACGAAGCCACCACCACCACCACCACAGAUAAGCAGCAAUCCCAAUAUAAAUGCUAUAGAGCAGCUGGAGCUGCAGAAUUUACCAACGCGCAUUGUGAAUGGCAAACGAAUUGGCUGCGCUCGAGCGCCUUAUCAAGCUGCUUUGCACUAUCGCGGGCAGCUCAUUUGCGGCGGCAGCGUGCUGAAUCACGAUUGGGUGCUAACUGCAGCGCAUUGUGUGGAGGACAAGGGACGCUAUGAAGUGCGCGUGGGUUCGAUGGAUCAGCAGCGCGGCGGGCAAGCGCAUCGUGUGGCCAAAAUUGUGCCACAUGCCAACUACGAUGACUUUAGCAUGCAACAUGAUUUGGCGCUGCUGCGUCUGGCAACGCCGCUGCAAUACGCACGCUGCGUGCAGCCCGUGCGUUUGCCUACGGAUUACACUGAACUGCUGCCGGAUUGUUAUUUGGUCAGCGGCUGGGGAUUGAGCAAAGUGUCGGAUGCGAAUGUGCAGCGCUAUUUGCGCGGCGUUACAGUUUGCCAAAUCAGUCGCCAGCAAUGUCGGCGCAUGUAUCGCAAGGCAGAUGUGCAGAUCUAUAAGCAAAUGAUUUGCGCGCAGCGCUCCGGACGUGACAGCUGCUCCGGCGAUUCGGGUGGGCCGCUCGUAGCUGAGGACACGCUCUAUGGCGUCGUUAGCUUUGGCAUUGGCUGCGCCAACAAAGAUUAUCCUGGCGUCUAUGUGAAUGUGCGACGCUACAUUGGCUGGAUACGCAAGACUACCAAGCAAUACGAUAAACAAUUAAUAUAA